CUGUAGUCUCUUCACAUCCUAAACUCGAGCUGUAUAGAGAAAAACCCCCAUUAGAAAGGACACUAGACUCACCAUGCCGCUUCCAACCGGAGUGUAUCGCGCCGACCAGGUCGGGUCCCUCCUUCGGCCGAAGGAGAUCCUCGAGGCCCGUGAGAAAGUCGCGGCGGGAGAGCUCUCCAAGACAGAUCUGCGGCAGCUCGAGGACAAGUACAUCGCCGACGUGGUGCGGAAACAGCUCAAUGCGGGCCUGCGGGCCAUCACCGACGGCGAGUUCCGGCGGGCCUUCUUCCACCUAGACUUCCUCCAGCACCUGGACGGCAUCGAGGUGCGUGGCAACAUGAUGUCGACCAACACGUCCAAGGGCGGGUUCGCGCCGCCGAAGCUGGUGGUGACGGGCAAGCUGGGCCAUAGCCGGCCCAUCCAGGUGGACGACUUCAAGUUCCUGGAGCGGCAGAUCGCCGAGGCCGGGGGCGCGGGCGCGUUUGGCACGGUCUCGUCCAAGGUGGCCAUCCCCAGCCCGACCAUGGUGCACUUCCGCGGCGGGCGCGAGACGAUCGACCUCGACGCGUACCCGUCCAUGGACGCCUUCUUCGACGACCUCGCGCGCGUGUACCAGGAGGAGCUGCAGGACCUGUACGACGCCGGGUGCCGGUUCGUGCAGCUCGACGACACCAACCUCGCGUACCUGUGCGACCCCAAGAUGCGCUCCGAGGCCGAGUCCCGCCACGGCGCCGACGCCAAGCAGCUGGCCAGCCAGUACGCCACGCUGAUCAACCGGGCCAUCGCGAAGCGGCCGGCCGACAUGACCAUCGGCAUCCACCUGUGCCGCGGCAACCACCGCAGCCAGUGGUUCGCGCAGGGCGGCUACGAGCCCGUGGCCGAGGUGCUGUUCAAGGACCUCGACGUCGACGUCUACUUCCUCGAGUACGACGACGCCCGCUCCGGCGACUUCAGCCCCCUGCGCCACCUGCCCCCGCACAAGGUCGUCGUGCUCGGCGUCAUGACCAGCAAACAGGGCGCGCUGGACGACAAGGCCGCCAUGGUCCAGCGCCUCCACGAGGCCGCAAAGUACUGCCCCAGGGGCCUCGAGCAGCUCUGCCUCAGCCACCAGUGCGGCUUCAGCAGUACCAUGGAGGGCAACGAGCUGAGCGAGGACCAGCAGUGGGCCAAGAUCCGCCUCGAGGUCGACAUUGCGAAGACCGUCUGGGGGCCCAAUACCGCCGAGUGAGGGAUCUCUUUACCCCCAAGGCAAUCAUAGUCGGAGGGCGGGGGGAAACAAUCUAGGUGUGAAAAAGGAGGGGGAAGGGGGUGGCGAUGAUUGUUUUGCGUAAGAAAAGAUUUCUACUUCCGGUUCUCCGGAUGGUUUGGGAGGGUUUCACACUCGAUAUAGAGAGAGAGAGAGAGAUGGGAGGCAGCGAAGUCGGAGUGUUUGGUUUGGUCCGUUUUCAACAACGGUCAGAUGAUGCAAGAUGGUCCGAAAGACGACGGGAUCAAGCUUGCUCGAUGCACAUACCGGGGUGAAAAGGCGAGUCAUCUCGUCAAGGUUAAGAUCAGGGUGGAGAUCGAACUGGCGCUGUUCAACAAUUGAUACCCAACCCACACCGUGAGCGGUCCGAGAGAGACGUCGGUACAAGAGAUAAAACAUAAUAAAAAUUUCAUAUACAAAUACCAUCGAAACAC